AUGCAUCCGCAGGCGACCGAAGUCGAACUCACGUCUUCUGGCGCAAAAAGCGAGCGCGCUGACCACUCGGCCACCACUGCAGAUGAAGUAAGCCGUUUCUUUUGAGGAGGCUAUUCGCUCAUUUCGGCUAAACUUUGCGGUCGAUUUUCUCGGCCGAGAAGCCCCGUAAACACUUUUGGAAACCAGUUUUAUGAUCGCAGACGCUUCACGUUUGAAACCUACUAGGUGCCGUUCCGAAGUCCGUCUGCAAAAAAAGUGACUUCCCUUGUAAGCUAAAUAAAAAACUCCGCUUUGAAAAGCGCGCCCUUUCCUUCAAGGCGGGCUCUUUAAAGCGGGGUUUUUUAGUUUAGAUAAGGGAAGCGUUUGGAGACAUUUUGGUCCCUUCCGGGAUGCAAUAUGAAGCGUUUUUUGCCAUUGGAUCCGGUCCCUCACUGUAUUUGUCCAAAAAAGCAUUUUUCCUUAUGGCCGCUCUCCACGUUUUGUAUUCUCACGGCCGAGAAGAUCGUUGA